CCCCUGCCAGGCAGUGGGCGUAGCGUGACGUCACGGAGUGCGGCUGCACCGAUCACAUUCUCGGGCUCGGGUAGGUACUGGAGUUAGGGGACAUGACCUCGCUGCUGCUGUCACCGUGCAGGAGACCCCCAGCCAGCCAUUAGCGCCGCUGCCGCCGAGCAAUAGACGCAGCCCUGCGGGAGGAGGGAGGCAGUUGUCGGCGGAUACGAGGGACGCCCCCUCCUCGAGCUUCUCCUUGCAGUGAUGGGGGAUCAUGCGCAGCCCGAGGCGGCCUCUGCUUCGCACUUCCAGAAUGGAUUCCAUCCACCGGGUGCCCAUCUACUCAGCAACGGGGAGUGCAGCCGGGGCCUGGGCGAUCACGGACCAGUGCACCACCGAGCACUCGCGGACUCCCUGCAUCAUGGCUCCCCGGCCAAGAAGAGCAGGAUCAGGAGGAGGCUAGACUCGGGCAGGAGGAGCAGACCCCCAUUCCCAUGGUUUGGUAUGGAUAUUGGUGGUACCCUGGUGAAAUUGGUUUACUUUGAACCGAAAGACAUCACCGCAGAAGAAGAACAAGAGGAGGUUGAAAACCUAAAGAGUAUAAGAAAAUACUUGACAUCAAAUACAGCCUAUGGUAAAACUGGAAUCCGAGAUGUCCACCUGGAACUGAAAAACAUGACCAUCUGUGGCCGCAAAGGCAAUUUGCACUUCAUCCGCUUCCCCACAUGUGCUAUGCAUAGGUUCAUUCAGAUGGGGAGUGAGAAGAACUUUUCCAGCUUGCACACUACACUAUGUGCCACGGGAGGUGGGGCCUACAAAUUUGAAGAGGACUUCAGGACGAUAGCUGACCUCCAGCUCCAUAAACUGGAUGAACUGGACUGUUUGAUCCAGGGCCUGCUCUAUGUGGAUUCCGUGGGGUUUAAUGGCUGUCCGGAGUGUUACUAUUUUGAAAACCCAACAGGCCCGGAGCAAUGUCAGAAGAAGCCAUACUGCCUUGAUAACCCUUAUCCUAUGUUGCUGGUUAAUAUAGGAUCAGGGGUCAGCAUCCUGGCAGUAUAUUCUAAAGACAACUAUAAAAGAGUAACUGGGACCAGCCUGGGAGGAGGAACAUUCCUUGGUCUGUGUUGUUUGCUGACCGGUUGUGAAACAUUCGAAGAAGCUUUGGAAAUGGCAGCCAAAGGGGACAGCACUAAUGUUGAUAAACUGGUGAAAGACAUCUAUGGUGGGGACUAUGAGCGCUUCAGUCUUCAGGGCUCUGCUGUUGCGUCUAGCUUUGGCCACAUGAUGAGCAAGGAGAAAAGAGAUACCAUCAGUAAGGAGGACCUGGCAAGAGCUACACUGGUUACCAUUACGAAUAAUAUAGGAUCAAUUGCUCGGAUGUGUGCUCUUAAUGAGAACAUUGACAGAGUGUUGUUUGUCGGGAACUUUCUACGAAUCAACAUGGUUUCAAUGAAGCUGCUAUCUUAUGCCAUGGAUUACUGGUCAAAAGGACAACUAAAAGCCCUUUUUUUGGAACAUGAGGGCUACUUUGGAGCGGUUGGAGCCUUCCUGGAGCUGCUGAAGAUGCAUGAUGAAUAAGAGUCAUUAAGAGAAGAAGCGCUAUAUAUUUGCACUCCUCACAUCUGUUGUAGAGAGGACCCUUCCAAAGUUCCAAGAGAUGCAUACAAAGCCAUUUCACACCUGUAUGUUGUGUCUCGUAAAGACACCGAGUUAGUGUAUAUAUACCUAUGUAUAUUUUAUUGUAAAAACAAACUGUGCAACAUGGCCAAACGUACUGUAGUGAUUUUAGAACUAAUUUAAUGCAGUAAUUAUUUGUAUUUAUUUUAAUUUUUGUUUAAUGUAUAUAGUCUUUUAUGCCUGUCAUUGUGCAGGGAUGCUGCUGUUUUAAACAUAGAGAUCUCAGAUUUAUGCUUCUGUGGCAUUUAAUAUAGUUUGAAGAGGGUUUAAUCUGUAAAAGAUAGCUUCAGUAACGUGGUUUGGGUUGGAGGGUUUAGAUGUCCUCUUGCUUGAAAAUACAGCUUCAUAAGCUUUAUGGAUAAUGUCCCAUGGAGUCCUAUAACCUAGUACUAAAAGACAUUUACAUAUUAUUUCCCACCUCAGAUCAUUUAUACACCCGACACACCCCUUCCUUUUGUGGCAGCCAGUUUUGGUGGAGAAAUACUGGGUCUUCUUUCCCGAAUUAGGUGCUUUGGAGUCCAGCUAGAAUUACACAUCACCUGGAGGCAUGGCAUUGGUUUCUGAUUGCUAUCACUGCAAAAAGAACAGUGGAACAGCCUCAUUACAUUGUACACAGCUACCAUGCAGGCUAUCCUGGUAGUUACCCCCAGCUUCUCAUCACCACAAUAAGCAGAUAGCUGCUGAAAAUGAAAAACAGAACCAGCAAAACGCAAUCUGUGUAUACAUUUGGAUGGGCUGUUAAGGACUUGGCUCCAUAAACUAAUUUAGUAAUACACUGCAACAACGCACAAUAUCCUGCAUACUCUGUUUGUUUUUUUAUUUAUCACUAAAGCUAAUAGAUUGUUUCCACAGAUGAUAAAUUCAUGGGGGAGGGGCAUUGACAACUUGUGUUUAUAAGAAGCCCACCCUAGUGACAUAGAAGAGAGAAUAACUGCAGCAUUAGAGCCUUCGGACCAGAUUGGGAGCACCCACAUAAAACUAAAUGUUAUAUUUGUGGUGUAGUUAUUCUUAAAUUUGCCCAGAAUUUACUGUCUUUUCAGUUUUGGGAACUCCAAGCUCUGCUUGUGUUAGAUGUACGCGACACAUGCACAAUAGGUACUGACUCAUGCAUAGCACUGACUACCUAUGUUCUAAUGGUGCAGCCCCCUUACAGGACUCAGACAACUGAAGGGAGCAAUGGUAAAGGGGGCUGUGUGUUAUACGUUUGUCUGAUCUGCGACAUCUAUUUAUGAUUACAUUUUGUUAUGUACCAUUUACCUGCACUUUAAGUAGUGAAAAUCUGAGUUUAUAUGUCCUGUGAGCAGUAAUAAGUGUCUAGCCCAGUGGUUCCCAAACAUAAUAGGUUUUGUGUGCUUGUGCCCAGAUGAUAAAACUGACGGAGGUACUGACUAAGGGGGUUAUUCAGAGAUGAACAUACGCCAGAUCUGCGUUCAUCUCUGCACAUUCUGGGGGCUGGGCAGUAUGUGUGAGGCCGCCGCCCGAUGCGUCCGCAAUCUAAUUGCGAAUGCAUCGGAUCUAACGUUGACCCCUGGCAGUGCAGUCCAGCUGCGCUGUCAGGCGGUCAGCGGACAUUUUUUUGUAUCCGAGUGGCUGCAUGUAACAUCACUCAGCCACCAUGAAAACGGUCCCCCCCCCCCCUUCGCCCUGUCUCCCCAUCGCUGUGUUGCCCCCCCAAAAAAAAUGCCAUCGGGGAUACGACCGCAAUAUCUGUGUCUGCGCAGCCGCUGUGCUACCAUCUGAAUGACCCUCUAAGUCACCUGUGCUGUGGGGAUGUUUUGAGGACUGCAUUUGGGAACCACUGAUCUAGCCUGUUAUAAUUAUAACUCUAAGAAAGUUGUUUAGUUAAUUGCAAACAGAGGGCACACUUUGAUAACCCCUAUAGCUCAUUGAAAUACACUGCUUACAGAGAUGGCUUCAUUUUUCGCAGCUCCAGUUUAGAACACGCAAAUAGUAAUGACUCUAUCCUGCAUUCAAUCUGCCCACGGUCCAGCUGCCACCUGCAAAGCAGCCACUUUUCAACAUGAAUUCCUGCACACAGAAGAUGCUUAUGCAUUGUGCCAUGGUACUUUUGCACAUUGUCUGUGACCUCUGCAGAUUUAAUUGCAGAAAAUCUAAUUUUCUGUUCUGUGCAAAAUUGUCAAUAAAAAAUGUUUUAUAUAAGAAAAACUGUUCAUUCCCACAUAGAGUGAUACAAAAUGAUUUCACAUUAAUUUGACAUUGUUGACAAAUCACUUCUUGUUGCAUUGAAUACAGGAACACAUGUUAAAGUUACAAAAGGGCGCUGUAUUAAAAUGCAGUUGUGGCACCAGAUGUUUCAUUAGCAUACAGUAAGUGUUUUUCUACCUUCCUUUAUUGUAGCAACUUCUCUUUCUCAGCCAAGUUUUUUGUUGCAUGUGUCUGUUAUAGGGAGCACGUUUUAGGCUUACAAAUAGUGGGGACUUCUGCGGAUUAGCCACAGGAUAAAAUAUAAUAUUGCUGCUGCUUCAAUUCACUGCACCUUAUUGUCGGCUAUUGUGUAUAUUGCAUCUUGGUUAAGAGUAAAGUUCAGUGGUUCACUGAGACUUGGCUUUUACAUAUCUUUUGAAUAAUCUAGAAUUUUUUUCUUCUGUUAUUGCCUAAAUACAUUUGUUGUCGUACAAUGUAUGACACUAGUUACCAGCCCGUCAAAAUGACAGAACAACAGAACAGUAAUGUCAAUGCGCACCCAAAUGGAGCAACAAUUGAAUUGCUCUGUCAAGCGCCAUCUAGUGACCUCCGCUGCGAAGAACACUUGAAUUACCCCCAUAGAGGUGAGGAGCAGUGAUAUUAUUGUUAUAUAGGAUGUAUCAUUCUAAUUCAUGUGUUUGUAGCAAUAGCAAUGCUCAAUAUCUCCAACAGCCAAACUGCAUGUUUGCUACAAUAUGUCACACAGUACUGUAGUUAGUCCUUAUGGACAGGUGUGUUCAGUCUGUCAGUCAGAUAAGUGCAAUCAAUGAAAUGAAAUAAAAUCUAUUGUUAUUUAAAUACCAGAUUUACAUAAAAGUAUCAGUGCAAAAUGCCUGUAAAUAUCAAUAUCAUAUCAAUUAUUUGUGUGCUUUUUGGAUGUCUCUUCAGUAUCAUCUACAUUUUAUUUCUAAUUCUAUUUCCAAACAUGUAUGAUGAAGCUCUUACAGAGACAUGCCCACCUGUAUGAAUGGUUUAAUAUACUGGUGUUUAGAUUUACUGUGCCUGGCCCCACCAGGUGGUCUGUGUAAGGCAGAGGUUCCUUUAUAAAACCUUGUGUCACCAGCAGAUGGCAUGGCAGCCCUAGAACUUACCUCCUUAUUGUGUUACAUCCAGGACUUAAACAUCUCCAUUGCUAAAAUGGGCGGGAUCCGGACUGAAAGUCGACAGUAACUAGGUCGA